AUGUCUGGAAUAGUAGACCAAGCCAAAGCAGCCGUUGAAGCUGUCACGGAAAAGCUGGCGUCCACGUCCGUCGCGCCUGCAACAGACUCGGACGCACCCGCAAUCAAGCCUGCACCUCCAGCAGACGCGCAUGCCCAAGUCGUAACACCCUGGGAUGUUGCUGGCGAGGUGUCGGCCGACGGUUCGCAGCUGGCCAUAGACUACGACAAGCUGAUCGACCAGUUUGGCACACGGCGCAUCGACGCGGCGCUACUUGAGCGUUUCGAGAAGCUGACGGGUCAUAGGCCACACGUAUUCUUGAGGAGAGGGCUGUUCUUCUCCCAUCGGGAGUUCAACAAUAUCCUGGAUCGGUAUGAGCAGGGAAAGCCGUUCUUCCUCUACACUGGGCGUGGGCCGAGUAGUGACAGUAUGCAUCUGGGUCAUCAGAUCCCCUUCGUCUUCACCAAGUGGUUACAGGAUGUCUUCGACGUUCCAUUGGUCAUUCAGUUGACAGACGACGAGAAGUUCCUCUUCAAGCACGAGCUCACGCCCGAGAAAACAUACAAGUUCGCCUUCGAGAACGCGCGGGACAUCAUCGCCGUGGGCUUUGACCCCUCCAAAACCUUCAUCUUCAGCGACUACGACUACGUCGGCGGCGCCUUCUACCGCAACGUUUCCAAGAUCUCGCGUCAGAUCACCAUCAACCAGGCCAAAGCGACCUUCGGCUUCAACGACUCUGACAACAUCGGGAAGAUCCACUUCGCCGCCAUCCAGGCGAGCCCGUCGUUCUCGAACAGCUUCCCGCACAUCUUCGGAGAGAAGAAGGACAUCCCGUGUUUGAUCCCCUGCGCGAUUGAUCAGGACCCGUACUUCCGCUUGACGAGGGACGUGGCGGUCAAGUUGAAGUAUCCUAAGCCGGCGUUGAUCCACUCGAAGUUCUUCCCGGCGUUACAGGGCCCGCAGACGAAGAUGAGCGCGAGCGAUGUGAACAGCAGCAUCUUCAUGUCCGACACUGCGAAUCAGAUCAAGAACAAGAUCAACAAGCAUGGGUUCAGCGGUGGACGUGAGACGGAGGAGGAGCAUAGGAAGUUGGGAGGCAAUCCGGAUGUGGAUGUCGCGUAUCAGUAUCUCAGCUUCUUCAUGGACGACGAUGAAGAACUUGCCAACAUCGCAACGGAGUACCGCGCGGGUCGUCUGUUGACGGGUCAGCUCAAGGCGAAGUGCAUCGCCGCAUUGCAACAGUUCGUCAAGGACUUCCAAGAGCGCAAGGCGAAAGUUACGGACGACAAAGUCCGCGAGUUCAUGAGCGUCCGGAAGAUCGAGCCCACAUACGGUAGGUCGGCGCAAGCGCCCGCACCGGCCGCAUAA